UACUCGCGGAAAUCUUCAUGUAGUGACCGACGACGCCACCUUCAUCACAUGAACGAAGGUGCACGAUCACACAGGACCGACCGAACGAGGCGGGAAUGGCACCCGUGUAUGCGCCGCUGCUGUUUCUGGCAACGUCUGCUGGGCGAGAGUGGAGGCGGAGCAGGCCGAUAUCGGUGCUGGAAAGCGUACCGUGAAUGUUUAGUGCAGUCCCGGUGCCAGACACACGCCGCACCUCAGGCCAUGGACAACUCAUGCAUCUUUCCAUCUGAGGACACAUGCUCAUCUCGUAAUGAGUCACGGCGUCGGCCAAGAAGAGUCGACUCUCUACCCCCGCCCCACGUUCCCCCCAUACGAAAGAGACAUGAGAUGUCGUCCUCACUGGCAAGCGAAAACAAGGAUCUGUGACGCGUUCGUGUAGACCGGUGCCCGUAUCGUUAUCUGCAUGGAUGGAUGCUCGCAUGCGUUUUGGGCGCGUGGGGUAGCGUAGUGGGAAUUGCAUUAGAUGAUGAGCACGAGCACAUUGAC